AAUAAGUCCAUCUGUGAAAUUUCCUUGCUACUAAAUAUUCCAUGGUCAACUGUUAGUGGUAUUAUAACAAAGUGGAAGCAACUGGGAACAACAGCAACUUAGCCACAAAGUGGUAGGCCACAUAAAACGAGAGCGGGGUCAGCACAUGCUGAAGCGCACAGUGCGCAGAAGUCACCAACUGUCUGCAGAGUCAAUAGCUAAAGACCUCCAAACUUCAUGUGGCCUUCAGAUUAGCCCAACAACAGUGUGAAGAGAGCUUCAUGGAAUGGGUUUCCAUGGCCGAGCAGCUGCAUCCAAGCCUUACAUCACCAAGUGCAAUGCAAAGCUUCGGAUGCAGUGGUGUAAAGCACGCCGCCACUGGACUCUAGAGCAGUGGAGACGUGUUCUAUGGAGUGACGAAUCACGCUUCUCUGUCUGUCAAUCCGAUGGAUGUGUCUGUGUUUGGCAUUUGCCAGGAGAACGGUACUUGCCUGACUGCAUUGUGACAACUGUAAAGUUUCGCAUAGGGGAAUUA